AGGAGGAGAGGCGUUGUGGGCGCAGCAUCCUCUGAUACAAAGGAGCCAAGCGACAAUGGCCGAUAUAUCACUGUAUCUCACCAACGUUCAUGUGUCGAUAGGGCAAAGCAUGGAUGCCGGGCAGUGUCAGAGCCCAAGCCAGGGCAAGGACUUUGAGAGCGUGGAGCUGGGGGAGCUGGAGAAGAGAGAGGAAGAGGAGCAGGAGCAGCAGCAGAGGGAGAAGGCUCCUCGCCGGAUCAUCCAUUUCUCCAGCGGGGAGACCAUGGAGGAGUACAGCACGGAUGAGGAGGAGGCUGAGGACCGGGAGCCCGAGAAGAAAGACCUGUUGGCCGCCCCGGUUGAUGCGGUGAGGUCAAAGAUGACCUGGGGUCCGUUCUUUUGGUUCCACAUGUGGAGAGUUGCCACGUCAACCAUCUCAGCCUGUGACUACCUGGGGGAGAGGAUGGCCUCCCUCUUUGGCAUCACCUCAGCCAAGUAUCAGUACGCCAUUGACGAAUAUUACAGGAUGAAGAAAGAGAAGGAGGAAGAGAACGAGGAAAACCGUCUAUCAGAAGAGGCGGAACGAUGCUUUGACAAAUUACAAUCUCAGGAGGGCGAGGACGAGCUGAUCACUGCGACACACCGGCCUGAGGUCGCCGCCCCCGACCCCGAUGUGACCUAUGAGAUCGAGACUGAAGAUCAGGCACCCUCGGCUACCAUCAGAGUCCCGGCUAUCGUCACAGCAACCUAAGCCAUCCAGAGAGAUAGACGUUCACACUUUAAUAAUAUAAUGUUUUUUUGUACUUGUUAAAGAAGGAACACCACCUUGUUUCACCAAACACUGUUUGGUUUUGUGCAAGACACGGCUUUAGAAGGGCAGUGCUACUGUAUUGUGGUUGCAUGGCAAGGACAACAGUGGUGGAGUAACUUUUUUGUCUAUCAAGUGUCCCUCUGCUGCAGUGUAGCAACUGAUAAUGUCAUAAAUCGCUGGGUAAUGUUAAUAACCCUUAUAAUUAUUAGCCGACAUUAUAAGGGGCAUGACAUCACUACAAUACCAGUAUGAAAACUUUAUUACAGUAUUCGCAAAUUUAUUACAGUAAUAGAUUUUAUUACAUUUUUGACCCAUUUAGAGGAACAUUUUAUUACAUUUUGGCAGAGUAUUACAUAGUCCAGCAGAAAAUGCUUUAUCAGUUGCUACAAGCAGCUUUCCGUUGAUUAAAAUGUUCCCUGUGGAGUGAAGAUUUAAUGCUCCACCCCCGUGCCUCAGAUGGACCGGACACUGUGCCUACAUCACCAAUACAGCCAUCUCAGUGCCAGGCCUGCAUCUAAUAUAUAUUUGAAAAUGAUUUCAAAUGUUUGGAGUCUUGGAUCCAACUUAACAGGGGCUUGAGCUCCUUCGAAAUUGGGCAAAUGGCAUGCAUCAAGAGCCUGAGCAGGUUUUUAUCAAACAUUUGAUGCAUUUUCAGCAACUAUUUUGCCCAGUUAUGGUCAAAAUGGUGCCCUCUAAAAGCCUGUGGCUGCACCAAAGAGCUGAGCAUUUUAACACUGAUAUGUCCUUCACCUGUUUAUUUGCUGUUCAUAUUAAUGCCUAUAAAGCUUGUGUCACACUAAAUGUUUUUUGUGGACAGCACUGCAGACACCUUUUAGCCUUAUGGACUCAUUGGUUGUCAAAUCAUUCCUGGACCAUGGGACUGAGUUGAAAAGUAAUGAAAAAAAAAAAAGGUUUAAGUUUUCUAUGUUCUUUUUAUAUGCCUUUUCUACUACAGACACAAACCGUCAUUAUAGUAGACAAGGUAUGUAAGCCUUUGAUAAUGGCAGGGAGCAUUGUAGGUCAGUGUAACAAAAUGUAAACUUACAAUUGUAAUUGUUUUUAGAACAAUUUUUUAAUAUUUGUGUAUUUAUUUCAAAGAACUGAUUGAGCACUUAUUUUAAACAUUUUUUCUAUGGUUUUGGUAACACACU